AGCACGUCACACCCCACCUCCAGCCCCAACAGGCCACCCAGCACAGAGUCCUCAGCAGAACACCCAGCCCCACCCUCCCCACCCCAUUGCUCCCUAUCAGCCCUGAGCGAGCAGGGAGUGUAGCCAUAGGAGAGCAGAGUGGCUCUGGAAAGCAGGCAGGGCUUCCUGCUGGGAGCUGGGCUGCUGGGCCAUGCUCUGGCCCAGGUGGCUGGCAGGCAAGGGGCUGCCCCUCCUGGGGGCAGUGCUGCUACAGAAAAGAGAGAAGCAGGGACCUCAGUGGAGUCAAUGGAGGCGGGAAACCCACCCAUACUAUGACCUCCAGGUGAAGGUGCUGAAGGCCAGGAAUGUCCAGGGCACAGAUCUGUUGUCUAAAGCUGACUGCUAUGUGCACCUGUGGCUGCCCACAGCAUCCCCUAAUCCUGCCCAGACAAGGGUGAUAGCCAACUGCAGUGACCCUGAGUGGAACGAGACCUUCCACUACAAGAUCCAUGGUGCUGUGAAGAAUGUCCUGGAGAUCACCCUCUAUGACAAGGACAUCCUGGGUAGCAACCAGCUCUGCCUUCUGCUGUUUGACCUGGGGAGCCUCAAGCCUGGCCAACCCCACAGACACACCUUCCCACUCAACCACCAGGAUUCACAAGAGCUGCAGGUAGAAUUUGUUCUGGAGAACAGCCAGGUGCCUGCGUCUGAAGUCAUCACCAAUGGGGUCCUGGUGGCUCAGCCCUGUUUGAGAAUCCAGGGCACCCUCGAGGGAGAUGGGACAGCCCCACACCAAGAAUAUGGCUCUAGACAGAUUCAGCUGGCAGUACCUGGGGCCUACGAGAAGCCUCAGCUCUUGCCCCUGGAGCCUUCUGUGGAGGCAGACCUCCCAGCCACCUUUACCUUCCACGUGAAUCCAGUGCUCAGCUCCAGGCUGGAUGUGGAGCUGGGGGAGCAGCUCACUGUCCUGCAGAGCGGCCUGAAUGCUGAGCUGGAGUCCCAGACCAGCACGCUGAGCGAGGGAAGCAUCCUGCUCUCCUCUCUGGCCCUGGACCAGGAGGAACAGCGCUUUGUGGCCCUGGGGGAGGGCCAGAAGGUGGCGCUGAGCAUGAUGGCAGAAGUGAGCUCUGGGGACCUUGACCUGCGCCUUGGCUUUGACCUCUGUGAUGGGGAACGGGAGUUUCUGGACAAGAGGAAGCAGACUGUGUCCAAGGCCCUGCAGCAGGUGCUCGGAUUGAGCCAGGCUCCUGACAGUGGCCAGGUGCCUGUGGUGGCUGUGCUGGGUUCAGGAGGCGGAACCCGAGCCAUGUCUUCCCUGUAUGGCAGCCUGGCGGGGCUGCAGGAGCUCGGCCUCCUGGACACUGUGACCUACCUGAGUGGGAUCUCUGGGUCCACCUGGUGCAUCUCCACACUCUACGAGAACCCGGCCUGGUCCCAGGUGGCUUUACAGGGUCCCAUUGAGCGUGCCCAGGCUCGGGUCUGCAGCAGUAAGAUGGGGGCAAUAUCCACAGAGCGCCUCCAAUACUACGCCCAGGAGCUGGGCAUCCGGGAAAGCAGUGGCCAGAGAGUUUCCCUCAUCGACCUCUGGGGCCUCCUCGUUGAAUAUUUCCUAUACGAGAAGGAAAACCCUGCCAAGCUGUCUGACCAGCAGGAGGCAGUCAGCCAGGGCCAGAACCCUUACCCCAUCUACGCCAGCAUCAAUGUCCGCACCAACAUCAGUGGGGAAGAAUUUGCAGAGUGGUGCGAGUUCACUCCCCAUGAGGUUGGCUUCCCCAAGUAUGGGGCUUAUGUUCCCACUGAGCUCUUUGGCUCAGAGUUCUUCAUGGGGCAUCUGCUGCAGCUCCGGCCUGAGCCCAGGAUCUGCUACCUGCAGGGUAUGUGGGGCAGUGCCUUUGCAGCCAGCCUGGACGAGAUCUUCCUGAAGACGGCUGGCUCAGGCCUUGGCUUCCUUGACUGGCACAGAGCCAGUGUGAACAUUACAGACGACUGCCAUAAGCUCCAGCUGCACAACCCCACACAGCUUCGGACAAGGCUCUUCACCCCCCAGGGGCCCUUCUCCCAGGCCGUGCUGGACAUAUUCACCUCCCGCUUUACCUCGGCGGAGAACUUCAAUUUCACCAGUGGCCUCUGUCUGCACAAGGACUAUGUGGCUGGCAGGGAGUUUGUGGCUUGGAAAGACAGGCACCCAGACGGCUUCCCCAACCAGCUCACUCCCAUGCGGGACUGCCUGUACCUGGUGGAUGGGGGCUUCGCCAUCAACUCUCAGUUCCCACUGAGCCUGCUGCCACAGAGAUCAGUGGACCUCAUUCUGUCCUUCGACUACUCCCUGGAGGCCCCUUUUGAGGUCUUACAGAUGACAGAGAAGUACUGCCUGGAUCGAGGCAUUGCCUUCCCCAGGAUUGAGGUGCUCCCUGAGGACCUGGAGGAGCCCCGUGAGUGCUACCUGUUUGCCAAGGCUGAGGACCCCCACUCUCCCAUUGUGCUGCACUUUCCCCUUGUCAACCGUACCUUCCGCACAUACCUGGCCCCAGGUGUAGAGCGGCAAACAGCUGAGGAGAAGGCCGAAGGAGACUUUGUCAUCAAUGAUCCAGACACCCCCUAUGGCAUGAUGAACUUUACCUAUCAACCCAGGGAGUUUGAUCAGCUGGUAGCCCUGAGUCGAUACAACGUUCUCAACAAUGUGGAGACUGUGAGGCACGCCCUCCGGCUGGCUUUGGACCGGCGGCAGGCGGGUGACAGGGCUGGAGGCUGAGCCAGGCUGGAGUCAGAGGCCUCUGACAGAGAGGAGGGCCAGUAGGGCUCGGACCACAGCUUGGCAGAGGGUGGGUGGUGGGCUCUGCUUCUUCCCAUCCUGCCGGACCUGCCUGGAGGUCCCACUGGCCCUGGAAAGUUCCUGCGAAUGGUGGCUUGGACUCUGGGGGGGGCCCUUCUGGGAGCAGAGGAGGCAGUGUCCCUCCAGGGGCUCUCGGGGUGUGGGGCAGAGGUGAGCCGUGUUCGUCUUACAUUGGAGUGUGCAGAGGGGAUCGGGCAACAGUCUAGCCCCAGGGCUCACCCCAAACGCAGAAGGGCCUCCAAGGGCCCAGGACUUCAGACCCUCACCAGAAUGGGAGCUGUGAGAGCUGAGGGCAGGUUCCUCUCCUUGAGCUAAGACCAAAGACAGAUCCAUCCAUCCAACACACACUCCUGCAAAGGGCCUAGCUCCUGGAGCAGUGUAAGUGCUAUCAAGAUUAAAGGGGACCACGUGGGCUGCCAGUCUGGGUCACUAACUCCAUUGUCCUGCCCACUACCCCUCCUUCUCUUUCUGGCCUCCCCUGUCCCUCCUCACCGCUCCUACCCGUCUCUGCUCUGCCUCUGGAAGGCUAAGGGGUGGUAUCCAGUCCUGGCA